UUUUUCCAUCCUCAUUCGUCAUUACCUUAAAACACUAUCUUAAACAUAUAGGAGAAAUGAUAUUUGUACGAUCAUUUUAUGACAAUUUUUGAAUAAUUUUUUUGAGAAAAACAAGAUUGUCGCCAAUUGGAUGUACAGAUAUCAUCACUCUACCAAUAGUUUGCGUAUCUAACACUGAAUUUGUUUCGAACAUUGAUUUUGUGGAAUUCAUAGAGAGAAAGGAAAGUACAGAAUUGUUGUACAUGAUGAGUAAUAAGGUAACACAAGCACCACGUACUAGAGUAGGGAAGUAUGAGCUGGGAAAAACAAUUGGUGAAGGAAGUUUUGCUAAGGUGAAGUUGGCUAAGAAUGUUGAAAAUGGAGAUUAUGUUGCCAUCAAAAUUCUUGAUCGUAAUCAUGUACUCAAACACAAGAUGAUGGAUCAGUUGAAGAGAGAAAUUUCAGCUAUGAAGAUAAUUAAUCAUCCAAACGUUAUCAAAAUAUUUGAGGUGAUGGCAAGCAAAACAAAGAUUUACAUUGUCUUGGAGUUGGUUAAUGGAGGAGAACUAUUUGACAAAAUUGCUACAAAUGGGAAACUUAAAGAGGAUGAAGCAAGAAGUUAUUUCCAACAACUAAUCAAUGCAGUUGAUUACUGCCAUAGUAGAGGAGUGUAUCACAGAGAUUUGAAGCCAGAGAAUCUUCUUUUAGACACAAAUGGUGUUCUUAAAGUUUCAGAUUUUGGAUUAAGUACAUACUCACAGCAGGAGGAUGAACUUCUCCGCACGGCAUGUGGAACACCGAAUUACGUUGCUCCUGAGGUGCUUAAUGAUAGAGGUUAUGUUGGUUCUUCAUCUGAUAUUUGGUCAUGUGGAGUCAUUCUCUUUGUACUUAUGGCCGGGUACUUGCCGUUCGACGAGCCAAAUCUAAUUUCACUGUAUAGAAGAAUUGGUAGAGCUGAUUUCAAAUUUCCUUCUUGGUUUUCGCCUGGGGCAAAGAAACUGCUCAGGUCUAUACUUAACCCGAACCCUAUAACGAGGAUAAAGAUUCCUGAAAUCUUGCAACAUGAAUGGUUCAGAAAAGGAUACAAGCCGGCAUUUUUUACCGAGGAAGAUGUCAAUGUAGAUGAUGUUGCUGCUGCUUUCAAUGAUUCCAAGGAAAAUCUUGUGACGGAGACCAAAGAGAAACCGGUGUCAAUGAAUGCUUUUGAGCUUAUUUCUAGAUCGGACAGCUUCAAUCUUGGCAAUUUGUUUGAGAAGGAAAAGGGGGUUGUAAAGCGCGAAACACAUUUCACUUCACAGCGUCCUGCAAAUGAAAUUAUUUCUAAGAUUGAGGAGGCUGCCAAACCUCUCGGAUUUAAUGUUCACAAGCGCAAUUACAAGAUGAAGUUGCAGGGUGAUAAAAGUGGAAGGAAGGGUCACCUUUCAGUGGCUACUGAGGUUUUUGAAGUGGCUCCGUCCUUGCAUAUGGUGGAGCUGCGAAAAACAGGCGGCGACACACUAGAGUUUCACAAGUUCUACAAAAUCUUUUCAUCAGGGUUGCAAGACAUAGUGUGGAACACUGACAAAAAAUAAUGAAGUAUUAAGGUAUCUGAGAGGCCUCCAAUCAUUGAACAGGCCCCACAUAAUGAUGAUUCAGCAUGACAGAAUGAAGGAAAUGAAGAUAAUUCUGUCAUGGAUCCGGGAAAUACGGAAGUAAGACGUAGUGAGUGUAGGAAGUUUCCUAGUACUAGGCUGAAGGGUUAUAAGGAAUGAGUGUAGAAUAUUUGAUAUCUCUCCUCUCUUUCUGGACCCUCUCAAGGUACUUCUCUCUCUGAGAAGCUUCUUUCUUUUACACCUUUAUCAUUUCAUUGUUGUUCCUCCAUGGUUAUACCCAGGAGUGUAAUUUCUGUUUAAAAUUCCAUUUAAUAAAAAACAGUAUUAUUUUCCCCUCUCUA